GUUUCUGCCUAGUUCCUCUUUUGAAGGCGUUUCGGCGUUCGGCACACGCUCAUGAAUUAUUAUUGGAAUGACGGUUCUCAUUGCAGGUAACGACAUGGCUUCUAACUGCUUGGUCUUGGAUUGUCCAGAGUAUGAUACCUUGCUGUCGCUUCAACCGCAUUCGUCCUUCGACUACUACAGUUUAUAUUCGCGACCAAUACCCGAGGAGAACACGACGUGCAUUCCUGGCGUGGGUAUGGUUUACUUGCACCGAGGCAAAGUCAACUACUCCGAGGCGGUGGAUCUCUGCGAGAACAAGGGAGGCAGAUUGGCCAGCGUCGUCUCCGAGAGUCGAACCAACGGCCUCUCUAGACUGGUCGCCACGCUCGGCACCCAGAACAAACUGACCGUCGCCUACGUUGGCCUCGCCGACACCAAAGUCGAGGGCCAAUUCAUUAGCUCAAAGAACGAGCCGUUGAGGUGCUUCCCGUACCGAGCGUGGGCCCCGAGCGAGCCGCGACACAAGAAAUCUCGGGAGGACUGCGCGGUCAUCGAUUCGCGCAACAGCUGGCGGGUCGUCGACUGCAAGUCCAAACAUCCCUUCCUCUGCGAGCUCACCCCUUCGGGACCACUCCAAGACGACGUCCAGGCUUGCUACCGACUUGCAGACAUCAAAAUGAAAGCAAUGUGUUUGGCGCGGGCAAACUACUCCGAAUUCUUGUCAACGUCAGAAAAUCCGGACCGAUGCCAGGAACUGGAAGCUAUUGGAAUGGCCAAUUUGAAUAGAACUUUGUCAGCAGAGGGUUCACUUCACAACGCUACGAUGGGAACCCAGGGAGCUACAUGAAGAAAUUCGAGCAUGUAUUUUUUUACAUUUGAGAAUAUACACCAUUUUGAAUUCCU